AUGGAAGCUCUUCUAUCCAAGUACUUUUCUUUCUUUAACCCAUCUGUCACACCCGAAGGCUUUAUCUCUGUACCACAAUCCUUAGCAGCCAUAACACUAAUUCUCAUAUUACUUUGCUUGUGUUUCAGAUCCAAUAAUAUCUACCUUAUUGACUAUGUUUGUUAUCUGCCUCCUGAUUAUUUGCGGCUCCCUCACUCUCAUUUCAUGGAACACUUUGAGUUAUGCACCCCUGACCCAGAAUCCGUAGAAUUUGAAAAGAGAGUGUUAGAAAGAUCUGGUAUUGGAGUAGAAGCUUGCAUACCAGAAUCAGUUCAUGAGCUCCCACCUAUUGGCACUAUGAAGCAUGCACACGCAGAAGUUGAACUAGUUCUUUUCACAAUUGUCAAAGAUCUUCUUUCCAAAUACAAUGUGCAUCCUAAAAGCAUUGACAUCCUUGUGUCAAAUUGUAGCUUGUUCUGUCCUACACCAUCCAUUUCUUCAAUGAUUAUCAAUGAAUUUGGAUUGCGCAGCAACAUAAAGAGUGUAAACCUGAGUGGAAUGGGUUGCAGUGCUGGACUAUUGUCAAUAAGCUUAGCCAAAGAUCUUCUGCGAGUUCACAAAAAGUCAUUAGCUUUAGUUUUAAGCAUGGAAGCUGUAGCUCCCAAUGGCUAUAGGGGGGAUAACAAGUCCAUGCUUAUUGCCAAUACACUGUUUCGGAUGGGGGGAGCAGCCAUUUUGCUAUCAAACAGAAAACAAGACAAGGGAAUAGCCAAGUACAAACUUGAGCAUCUUGUGAGAACUCACAUGGGAUCAAAUGACAAAGCAUAUCAAUCUGUUUACCAGGAAUCUGAUGAAAAUGAGUUAGUAGGUGUUUCCUUGUCAAGAGGACUUCUAACUGUAGCUGCUUCAGCUCUGAGGACUAAUAUAACAAAAUUAGGCCCUCUUGUCUUGCCAUAUACGGAGCAGCUACGCUAUGGGUGGUCAAUGAUUUGCAGGAAAAUCUGGGCAACUGAGAAUAAGGAAAUCUAUGUGCCAAACUUCAAGAAGGCUUUUGAGCAUUUCUGUAUACAUGCAGGUGGUAAGUCAGUAAUAAAUGCCAUUGAGGAAAGUCUCAAUCUGCAGAAAGAAGAUGCAGAAGCCUCAAGGAUGGCAUUAUAUAGAUUUGGUAAUACUUCAUCUUCUUCUCUGUGGUAUGAGCUAUGCUAUCUAGAAGCAAAAGGAAGAGUGAAGAAAGGACAUAGGGCUUGGCAAAUUGCCUUUGGAAGUGGAUUCAAGUGUAACAGUGCAGUAUGGAAGUGCCUUUAUGAUAUUGAUCCAAAUGUAAGGAAUGCAUGGUCAGAUAGAAUCCAUUUGUAUCCAGUCGAGAUACCUGUGGUUGAUUAUUGAAGUUAUGCUAAGGUCAAGAAGCAUUAGCGAUGUAAUAGUUUAAAAGUCAAUGGACAUUACUUAUAUUAUAUUUUUCUUGUAAAAUAGCCUCAAUUUCAUACAUAUCUGGGAGAUAAAUUACAAAAUAAUUUUAAGCUGCACCUUUUUAAUAUAUAAGAAGGUUGCCGUUUGCAAACCCAGAGAGGUUA